AUGCUGCAGUCAUUCCUUGGAUUAAAAGGUGCCCCCGAGUUGGUGGCAGUCACCUUGGCUCUACCUGACGGUGCCGCCGUCACCGUCGAGGUCUCGAAGAAUGCAACCAUCAGUGAUGUCCUUCCGUUGCUGGAUCGGGAGGUCCAACUUCCAGAGCGUCUCUUUUUUGGUCUCCUGGCCCCCAAGGAUACGGAGAAGCAUUUCCUUGACCCCAAUGACAGUCUGCGCAAGGUCCUGGGCCAACCGGUUGCUGAAGUAGAGACCACAACAGGACGUCUGGGUCGAAAGCAUUGGCGCUUGCAGUUGCAGCUGCGCUAUCAUCCUCCAGCUGUGGUCAUGCGCGAAUGGUCACCCAUGGGCAAGACCUGGCUGCUGCACUCCUUGCUUGCAGAGCUCCUCGCGGCUCGACUCCAAGUGAUGCAGGACGUCGCCGUCUCGCUGGGCGCUCUGGCUGCUCAAGUUCUAGCAGGUGACUACGAGGAGAGUCGACAUGCUGAUGCCCAGUAUCUUCGUUCCAUGCGUGUGCAGCCCGAUCAAGACGAGCGCCUUACUCGCGCCAUUCAGCAUCGCCACGCAAGCCAUAGUGGCAUGAUCACCUCAGCCAACGCGCUGGAUGAGUUUCUCAACCUGUGCUGCGAACAAGAACUUUACGGAGUCGGUCGUCUGUUUGAAACGGCCCCCACCCCUGACCGCGAGAUUCAGCAAGUCGGGUGCUCGGCGCGUGGUGUGCAUGUCUAUGCACAUGAUCAGCGCGUCGUCAUAUAUGGCUGGUCCCGCAUUCAGCGCAUGCACUACCGCAGUAAAAACUUUGAAAUCACUCUCAAGACGCCCCCGUCUGAGUUUGAACCAACCGACUUUUUCUUUGCCACGUCAGCCCUCUGCAAGGCUGUGUGGUCGCACUGCGUUGAGCGCCACGCUUUUUACCGCAUACGCAACACCUCGCUGCGAGGUGACGUUCAAGGCGUUCCCAUUGGCGCCACCAUGUUUGAAGCUUCGCGGAUUGCGCGCCGCAACUCAAAGAUGCUGGAACAAGCCUCGCUCGACGAAGCCCGUCGCCGGUCCUCCAAUUGGACGAGUUCAACCGGCUCCUUUGAAUCGCACGUUUCACUUGAUUCCCUGAUCCGAGGGGCCGAGGGCGAAGCCAUUCGCCGUGCCAGCGCGGCCCCUUCGAAGAAUGUGGCCCGAACGCCCAGUUUUGCCGUGGCCAUUGUGGCCUUUGAACCGCAGGGUGACCGAGACCUUGCCUUUCGACCAGGCCAGGUUGUCCGACUGACCAAGACUGACGAGCAUGAUUGGUGGUGGGGUGCCAUCGGUCCACAGUCCGGACGCUUCCCUAGUCGCUGUGUGACUAGGCUUGACCAAGAUUUGUCUCGCCUUGUCAAGGCCAAGCGAGAUCAUCAGGGAGAGAUGAGUUUUCCCGCCGGGGCCAUCCUGUCACUGGAGGAGACCUCACGUGACGUCCCGGCAGGCAUGCUGUUUGGACGUUUUGGAAGUCGCACGGGCCUGUUCCCGCAGGACGUGGUUGCCAGCCUCGCACCAACGACCAAACCAUUAUCUCAACCGCUGACCCAGCAAGUUAUCAUUUAG